AUGUCUGCGAAACAAAUCUUUGAAAAGUUCGACAAGAACAAGGACGGUAAACUUUCACUUGAAGAGUUCCAAAAAACAGCUCUUGCUUUUUUUAACACCUUUUCUGAGGAAGAGAUCAAAUGCCUUUUUAAUAAUAUGGACGUGGAUGGUGACGGCGAAAUCGAAGCUGCUGAAUUUAUAUCGUUCACUGAAACUAUGUUGAAGGAAGUGUUCGAUUUUUGUGACCUUGACAAUGAUGGAAAGAUGCCAGCUGACGAGGUGUAUGUGAACAUGACUAAGCUCGGGAGAGAGUGCACUGAGGAGAGCUGCGCCGAAACGGUUCGAAUUGCUGAUGCAGAUGGCGAUGGUUAUUUGAACUUUGAGGAGUUUAUGGGCAUGGUGUUUAGCGACGUUUUAAAGAAAGAGUAA